AUGGAACCAGAUGAUUCUAAGUUUUUGUAUCUGGCAGAUGAGUCGUCGACUAACAGCAACAGAUCAGACGAUCAGAAUGGGAAUCAGCGUAGCGGCCUCGUGAAUAAUAUCGUAUUAGUCUACCACUGUGUCUGUGAACUAUUCGGGCCACCACACUCUUCCGUAGCGAUGUUAAACGUACUCGCUUUGUUUACAGUCAUCGCUGUCUGCAGUGGAAAGGUACAAAAUGUGAACCGUCCACCUUACAAGGACAUCGCUGCCAGGGCGAGAUACGUGGUACACAGGGCUGACUGGGCCGUCGUAAACACCAUCUCUACUCAGCCCAGAAUGACUGGCUUGGCGUUCAGCAAUACAAACGCCUUGGCCGAUGGUCUCCCUGACAACAGCACUGGCGUUCCAUAUUUCUACGUGUCUCCAUUGGACGUAUCUAUACAGGAUAUAGUAACAAAUAACAGUGUUACAGUAAGCUUCAGUGAGGCAGAAUUCAACGAUAUUGAAGACUGUAUAAUCACUUCCGGCGGUGACCCAGAAAGUCCACUGUGUACGCGGCUUGUACUUAUUGGCAAGAUGGUUUCCGUGAUUGAACAAAGCGAGAGAGACUUUGCUAAGAAAGCAUUAUUCACGCGCCACCCACUGAUGCCCACCUGGCCAGAGAGCCACAAUUGGGAGUUCAUGAAGUUGGAUAUCAAGGACUUGUGGAUUAUUGACUUCUUUGGCGGCGGAAAGCAUAUCCCAGUGGAGGACUACUUCAAUGCCAACCCAGGAUACAAUUAAAUAAAUGGGUCAACCAUGGAGGUAAAAGGAGACCUCCAUGGGUCAACAUAGACAGGAAAAGGUUCCGAGCUGGCUGUGUUGGUGCUAUUUUUGUUUUCUUACUUGUAGUGUCUGUUAACAAGUUUUUAAAUAAUACAAAACGCAUGUUUUGCAUUUAUGAUACAAUCAUGGUUAUUAAUGUAUUCUAUCAUUAUUCAGUAAUCGCAGUGUGUGUCCAAUUAGCACUGUUGAUUAUCUUUAAAAUUCAAAUUGUGCAUACAAUAUUGUAUAAUUAACAUACUUAUUGCUUCAACUCACAUUUCGUCAGUAUAUACUUAAUAUCAUACUUGCCAAGUGACAAUAUUAUUUGUAGUUUGUGGUAUACUUCACUACUUUAUAGUAAUUAGUAAAUAUAGUAAUUAGUAAUAGUUUUUUUAUGAAAUGAAUUUAGAUAUGGAUUAGUUUUUUUUGCUUGGUUUUUAUUGAUUUAUUCUAAAUAAAAGUUAACAAUAAUUAAUUAUAAUGAUUAUGCACAUAUGAAAUUUAGUACUUUAGAUUAUUUGCAUACGUAAUAGACAUUAUUUGCAAAUGAGCGAGAUGAGAAUUGUUUUUGCAUCUACAUAGAGUUUUCUUUCUCCCACGUCACCACGUCCAUUGUUCGAAAUGCCAUGAUUAUAAGAUCGUUUGAGGUGCGAAAACAAGUCCCGUGGCUCACUCCACUUGAAACGAGAAUUCACAAUGACGGUACCAUUGGACUGAUAUUUGUACUCGGCAAAUGACAACAGGCACAAGAAUUUUAGCAAUCACCCACAAAAUAAAAAUAAAACGUUUUUUUUAUUGUAGGUAUGCGACAUUUGUUAGGGAAAAAUAUACCGGCUUUUAGAAGCUGCCAUCCAAGAACGAUGUUAUGUUCUGUUUCAAAGUUCGUAUAAUUUGACGGACCUAAACUUACGCCCUCGCUUGCACCACUUCCGCCUAGAUGUGAGCCCAAUACUUUUUUUAAACCCCCAAGAUAU